UUAGGCAAAGUUACAUACAAUCAACAAGUUGUAGGCAGUGAAAAUUUAGGUGUAAAGUUCUUCAACACCCUUAAAAUGGUUGUGAGAGGUGCGCUGAUGUGAAUUACCCCAUUCGACAAAGGGUUUCGGCGUCCACUUCCAUUCUUUUAUGAACAUAGCUUACGUUGCUGUUGCUCCUCGGUUUUCUAGCUGCAGCUUUGCGUAUAUGGUCGUUUUUUCGAGGUCCGCAAUGAAUUAGGUUGCGAACGAAACUUAUGAUGGCACCGGCAGUGAGCAGCAAGACAGAAUCCAUUGUGUCGUCAUCAUCUUCCUCGUCGGUUUCGUCGCUAUCGUCUGCUUCGGGAAACACCUUAUCGACGCUCUCGAAAGUGGAGCUGGAUCGGUUGAUUGCGGAGAACAUGACUUCGGUGCUGAAAUCGUUGAAGAAACGUAAGCACGCAAAAAAACACGCCCGCAUUCGACAAGCGGCCGCGGCAGUGGAAGCUGCAACAGUUGACGAGGGGGCGGAUACAAUGAGCGGGAAGGAAGAAAACCAAUCGAAGCAGAAGGAAAAGGUUGCUAAGAGUCAGAAAAAAGAAUUGAAUAUCGUCAGAUGUCGUGUAUCGCCCAGAAAAAACAACCAGACUAAUGAUGAUUCCAAAACAAAACCUCAGAAGGAAAGCUUAAAGGAACUACAGCCUAAAACGAAAGAACUCGAAGGCACCGACCAGGGCAACUUAGACCCUCACGAUGGGAGUCUUCCGCCACCGGUCGGCGAAAAGAAUGGCAAAGAGAACAAAACCAUCAAUGCCUUCCAGCUCAUGAUGGGUGCGCGAUCGAAAGCCAUCGGUUCGAACUCGCCCGGCAGGGAGCUGGAUGUGGCUACCGAUACAAGCUCUAAUCUGCAGAUCGCCCGCCAGGAAAAGGCUAAACGAAAGCUACAGCUGCAACAAUGGGCCGAGCGUAAGGGUUCCGGUAAACGGAAGAUACAAGAGGAUGCCGAAGGUGAAUACAUCGAUCAUCAGUUGAAAAAGCGAGCGAAAAGAAUGAAAAAAUUGAUCAGCAACAUGGCCGCGGAGGAGGAAGAUGAGACGAAAGAGGGGGAGGAGGUCGAAGCGGUCCUUGAAAGCACUAAAAAUGGCCGUGCUACACCGGAAGUCUCUGUUGUGAGAAAGCAAAGCAACAAUCCUGUGACCAUGGGGCCAGCAAGGCGAUCGUCGCAGUCGAAAAAACCUAAAGACCAUCCUUUGGAAAGUGAAAGUGACGGCAAAAAAAGGGCUUCCAAAGUGGUGGAAAAAGAAAACACUGCGGUCAUAGACAUUGAGGAUUCAUCUAACGAUGAGUUUCUCAAGCAUCUGUCAUCUCCGAGGAAAAAGAAGGACAGUCUCCUCGGGUAUUUUAACAAGGUGUCCCCGGUUGAAGGGAAAAAAGACAUUUCGCCAGCUACAGGCUCCCGGAGGAGCGCCAAACCGAGAACCGAAAAUGGUGAAUCAUCGCAGGCCAAUACGGCGCCCCCGGAGACGCCACCCUCGGAACUCUCCACCCGUCCACGACGAUCGUGUGCGAACCGAAUCAAAGAUUACGCCUCUUUUGAACGCUUUAGUCCGGAAAAGGAGAAGCAACAAAAGCCAGCAGCAUCGAACAAGAAGGUGAUCGUCACUCCGCUGAAGAUCAUCAAUGUCCAGUCGCCUAGCGCGAUGCAGGUGGUCCGAAGCCCGUCGCUAAGGAUGUUUUCCUCCGGUGACGGUCAGUCGGCUGGUACAAACGGAACGAACGGCGAUACAUCGACGACCGAGUGGCCAACCACACCGAAGAGUGUGAAAUUGGCUCCAGUGUUCUCGAGAGCCACGGUCAGCAGUAAGCAGCAACCGGUAAUCGAUCCAGAAAAGGCACGUGCUCGCCAACUCUUUCUGAUGUCCGGCAUUCCGGAGAAGAUGCGCCAAGAGAUGGAGAAACGUGCCGCCUAUGAAGAGCACGUGCUGAAUGAGUCCCCAGUUUUCCCGCUCGUCAGCCACGUCACUCAGUUGGAGGACCGUUCGGACCAGGAUGCAGGUGUGAGAUCGAGAGAUUUGGGCCGAAGUUGUAUAAGAGUGCGCCCGGCACAACCCGAUUCGCCGGCAACGAGCAAGGGAACGAAGAGUCGAAAGAUUCGGUACGGACUGUUCACCGGUUGCAGUGUGGACGAUUAUGAGGAAGCGCUGAUCAAGUGCAUCGAGCUGAAUGACCUCGAGACCGACACCGCGUUCGAUUACGACCUUCCGGAGAUUGAACACGUAAAGGAAAUCGUGCGCGAUUACAAACAGCGCUACCAACAUUUUCCGGUGUUCAAGUGCUACAAACAGUUCCGUACGAUCUACCAGGACUACCAGCUGCUAGUAAAGGGGGAGCAAGAGGUCGAAUCCAUCGAACGAUCUAAUAAAAUAUCUUCCCGUAAACAAGGUACGAAUGGUUUCAGCAAGAAAAACUCGUCCUCCAGCUUGCUGGACGAGAGUAUAGAAAUAAUCGAACCGUGCUUUCACUGCCGUAACGGAGAACUGCUGUUCACGGAAAAGUAUAAACCUCAAAACACGGAACAGAUACUGGUUAACUACGUGCCGGCAACGCUGCUGAAGCGAUUCCUGUCGCCUUGGCAAGACGAAAGUGCUGGCGGAUCGCGACGUACUGGUGGCGCGUUGAACGGCGAUCACGACGGAAACGAUGUCGAUUUUGAGCAUUCAAAUGGAAGCUCCUCUUCGUUCGGUGGAGCCGGCGAAUUGUGUAAUCACGUGGUAUUGGUCGGUCCACCCGGUAGCGGUAAGACCUGCAAUGUGUACGCGGUGGCGAAGGAGAUGAACUUUAAUGUGCUCGAAAUCAACGCCAGCAGCCGGCGGAAGGGGAAGAUUAUCCUCCAGGAACUGUUGGAGGCCACCCAGAGCCAUCUGGUGCGCCAGAAGACGGAACGUUCGAACUCACUCGACGGUUUGCUGGUGUCCCGUCAGAAGGUCACCGCGGUUGGCAAAAAAGGUGGCCUUUUGAACGGUGGUUUCAGCUGCCUCGAACGACGACCAUCGUUUAGCGAGACGAAUGGCAACGGGUCGAAGAAACUUUCGCUCAUACUGAUCGAGGACGCGGACAUCGUGUUCGAGCAGGACGAUGGGUUCCUGGGAGCGAUCAAUCAACUCGUUGCCACCUCGAAGCGCCCGAUCGUGCUGACGACGACAAAUCCAUCCUGCCCGCACAUGGCCCGCUAUAUGGCGCGCAACAACGUGAUCCGAUACAUCGCACCGGGCAUCGCGAACGUGGCAAAGUUCCUCUCGCUUCUGGCGCUCGUCGAGCGGAUACCGAUCGAUCAGCACGACCUCGGACGGCUGUACGCACACAACCGGAAAGAUAUGCGGAAAACACUGAACGAGCUACAAUUUUUCAUCCAGAGCGGGGGCGAUAUGACCCGGUUUCUCACUGGCAACGUGCGGGCAGACGAUUCUUCGUACGGCCACGAGCUAAGUGAUGAAGCGUCCGAUGGGGAGUUGAAUGAAACGAGAUCGGAAGAGUUGGUCGACCAACAGGUCGACGACGAAACGGGUUCAUUUCAACCGGCAAAACGUGCGGGUGGAAAAAAGGUUGGAAAAAGUGUGUCCACUGCCGCGAAACCACCGGUCCAACACACAACACUCUACCAGCUGUUUACGCGCAAUCAAAACGAAGAAAUGCUCCUUCGGCUUCCGCUCGAAUUCGAUACGCUUUGGUGUAACAUGGAGUUGGUGCUACGGGAGGUGCCGAGGCUGAUUGGCCAGGCGGCCGGUACACCCGUGAGCAAAGCGAAGAAAAGGACAAGCCCACCGAAACGGCCCCGACGACGCGAUACCAUCGGUGCUCAGGUGGCCGGUCCGACCGUUCUUCCGCCGGAUGUUGUGUGGUUCGAAGAUUUAAGCUUUCUGUACGAAAACAUUAGCAGGGCGGAGACGGGCUGGGGCGUCACGCGGCGGAACCGUGUGCGGUAUGGCCGUGAUCUGCAGGACGAGCAACAGCAGCAGCAGUUGGCCAACGAGAUCGGACACGCGCUAGUCGAGGGCUCAUGGAUCGAUUGGUUCAAUCGCGCCCGGAACGAUGGAACAAAGGCCACGAAGGGAAACUGCAAGGAAGAAGGCGGUAGUGGUGCUGGUGCGGCGGCUAAGUCGUACGACUGUCUUCGGAAGCUAGAACAUGAGCAAAGGCAAACGAUAGCAUCCUACAUCGGUGUGAACGGCGUUCGAUCGCGAGUGACCACCUGCGACUAUGAACCCAUGCUACGCCAAAUCUGUCGCACCGAGCGCGACCGAUCGGCGCAGGAAAGGCGCGGCAGCCGGUUCUAUCAUUAUCUGCGUAAUUUCAACACCUGCAACAUUAACACGGGUAGCACUUUCUUGAACGCAGCUUCAGGACUUUCGACUCCAGGUGGGACCUUCAGUGUGGAUCAUUUCGAUGCGCUAAGCCAUCGAUUCGAAGAACAUCAGCUACACAAAGAGGGGACGGAGGAGCUAAACAGGAAGAAUUAAUAAGGGAUAAUUGAAC